AAUCAAAUAAUUAGGUCAUAUUCAUGCACGGUGUUAUUCCAGCCCGGCUCUGUUGUUGUUACCCCUGUUCAACUUUAAGAGCGCUCUGUGGGCGGUCCCAGCGCGCAGACCAAUGAAUCGCCUCCUCUGUUUAAAUAGUCCUUCAUGUCAACUUUUCUUCACUCAUACGCCAUGUUGGCUGUUGUUACUUGACGUGUUUUCAUCUGCCUUACUACGGACUUGACAGGAGUGGCUCUCUUAUUAAACACCCCCACCCCCUCUUCUCGCUUCUUUGGAGACGCGUUAUUCCCUUUAAUUUUUUGCGCUUUUUUCUGUUUUUUUUUUUUUUUUCCUUUUUCCUUUUGCUCCAUGCGGACUAUGCAUGCAUCAUUCCCGUGGCUUUGCAUCUGAAAGGAUUACAACUUGGACAUAGUUUUUUUUUUUUUUUUUUUUUUUUAAAGGGUCCUGGUUCGUGUUCGUGCAUCGCGCUUCGCUGUCAUAUGUGCAACAAAAUGUCAGAUGUUCGCCUCUCCAACGCGAGCCCGACCCUGGAGCGGGUGGAUGCGCGUCAGGCGGACAGCUUCAGACCGUCGGUGCGCAGAAACCUUUUCGGUACACCUGACCCGGAGGAGAUACGGAGGUACGCGGCCGCGACGCUGCAGGAGGACGUGCGGGGCUUUCGGGAGACGUACAACUUCGACCCGGUGGAGGAGAGACCGCUCAGUCCGCGGAAUUACGAGUGGGAGGAGGACCGCGACCCGCCGGAGUUUUACCUCAGACCGCCUCACGGGAGCCAGCGGGACGCCGCCGGGGAGGAGGGGGAUCGCCGGGAGGGCAGACGAGCCUCGAGGAAGAGGCGAUCGGAGGGUUCAGGCUCCUGCUCCGGGGACUGUCAGAGCAAAGUGUUGCACACUGACGAAGACGACGAUGAAGAAGGGCCGGACGGUGCAGGAAGUGCGGCUGCGGAGCGGAGCCCCGGCAGGCCGGCGCGCAGCGCGGAGGAGGCGCACUGAAAAAACACCGCGCCAGAGCAGAGACCUGCUGCUGGUGGAAUACUGUAGCCUUUUUCUCAUCAUCUGACAGAGUGGAGAGACUUUUUGUUUUUUGUUUUUUUGUUUGUUUUCCUUUCCAAGCAGCCUUUUCUGACAGAAAAGGGGAAGAAGAAGAGGAGGAGGAGGAGGAGGAGGAGGAGAGGCUGUUGAAGCACUGAAUAUGUACACUAUCAAGUUUUGGCACUCACAAUAAUUAAAUUGCCUCAAAAGCAGCAGACAAUGUAGCAGUGUGCAAAUGGAUUUUUGCUCAAAACAAUUUUUUUUUUGUCCUUUUUAUUAUCUACUACCUAUGUUUCAAAAUGUAGCACAUACGAAAGCAUAUUAUGCUUUUCAUACCUGUUGUUUUUAAAUGUGUUUAUGAUAAGUGUGUGAAUCUGACUCGGGAAGUUGCAGUGCAAUUUCCAACAGAGAAAUGUUAUUUUGUUAUAGUGGUCAUUUGUAUCAUUAUUCAGGUAAUUGAUAUACUUUUUUUUUUUCUUUUU